UGGGGCUCCCUAGGAAUGGCAACAAAAAUCAUACCCAAUGGUUACCCAUGGAUGCCCUACCUGAAAUGCGUGGUCUCCCUAUUUUUCUAUCCAUCGGGUCGGUGAUCUAAUUUUAAUUAUCCAUCGGGGAAUGGGUCGGGAAAUGGAUACUGCUCAUUUCUCCAUAUGUUUUGACACAGCUUGGGAUUUCUUACUCCCUCUCACUCCCACUUCAGAUACUGCUCAUUUGAUUUCUCACUCUCUCUCACUCCCACUCCAGAUCAGAAUUCCAGCGUGGUGAGUUCUAUCGUUCUCCGGCGAUCUCGUUGGCGCUUAACACAUUUCUCCAGAUUGGAUUGAUCAGACAAUCUAACGGUUGAGAUUUCGUUUCACAGCCAAACCCCCAAAAUCACACCACAGGUAUUUCCAAUCCAUUGUUGUACUGACAGUAGAAGACUACCCUGACAAUGGCGAGCGGUGGCGGUGGGGGUGUUCCACACCCACUGCGCAAGGUAGCGUCGGCCGCAGCUAUACUCGUCGGCGGAGCUCUCACUCUCUCUCUAGCUACCUCUGCCACCAUUCGAACCCUACAAGCAAUCGUUGAUGCCAAACAGAAGAAAUUUGCAUUGGCAUGUGGAGUGUGCAAGGGAAAAGGGUUUUACAUUUGCAAAUUGUGCAAAGGGAAAUCAACAAUACAUUGGUCACCUCUGUAUGAUCCUCUAGUUAUAAACCCUUGUCUUUGCCCUACUUGUGAUGGAAACAGGGUACAACGCUGUCUCAACUGUUUGGGAAAAGGUUAUUACUACAAUUAAGAGACGGAUAAAAAUGGCCCAGCAGCAUUCUUGACAGCCCCUAUGUUAUCAGUAAUGGACCUUUUGAAGUUUUGUGUUAUUGAGUGUUGAUGGGAGGCUUGAGUUUCUCUCUAUACUUGCUUAAUUGGUGUUUUGUAAGGUUGUUUCAAUGUACCAUCCAAGAAUAUGAUAAUGGGGAGGCUAGGCUAUUGGGCUACCAUCAAGGUAUGUUCAUUGUUUAUAUAUACAAACAAUUAUAUUCCACUUUGUAAAGAGAAGAAAAUGAGAAACUGGCUCUAGAACCAAAGAAAUCAUCAUGUGGGACAGUGGUUGUAAAUUCAAUUAUCCUUGGUUGAUUAAUUGUUUUGCCACUUUGCGUAUUUAAUCGUGGCCUUGACCAUCUCUAGGGCCAGAAAUUGCUUUGCAUUGGUUAACAACAAAGGUUGUGGAUUGUGUUGUAUAGAACAUUUUGAUGUUAAUUAUGGGCAAUUGAAAGUUUGGUCCAUAGAAGUAUAAAUCGUC